UGAAUACGCUGGUAGGAGCUGCGCGUCGCAAGGCUUUGAGCACUAGUCAACAACGAAUGAGCACGUAAAUAUGCCGCAGCAUCCUCAUUCAUUUGAAGUCAUUACACUCAGAUCGUAAAGGUGUCACCCCCACUGAUAACCUACAGAAGCUGGAGGAGAAGGGCAGCUUGGAUACUAGCUCAGAGUCUGUCAAAACCUGAGCCAAACACAGACUGAUCACACUACCUAUUCAGCAGCAGUUGGUCGAAAGCUUUGCAACCAAGCCGAAAGGGCUCUAAUAUCCUCAGCCUUGGCCAGGGACAAAGGAGCAGCGAAAAGGCUUUUCCCCACAAUCCUCCGGUACUCCCUCCCGGCUGGCAGAGCCUGACGGGGUGUGCUGACACUGACUGGAGCUGAGUGCUCUCUUUUCCUGCUGUGCGGGCCUGGCUGCGUGAAGGGAUCAGGGGCUAAUUAAUGAGCUGUGAGUAUGAGGCCUCACUGCUGACAGCCAGUGGAGACAGGAUUAAUAGUCCGGUCAUCUGGCUUGAUGUGUGUGCCUCCAGGCUGCCCCUUGACGAGAGUCCACUGCGGAAUCCACCACUGCGGAAUCCACCACGGCGGCCGCCGAGAGACCAGCAGAGAUGCCCACCGAGACCCUGCAGGCAGAUAGCAAGCCUGCCAGCCAGGGUGGGGCCUUUGCCUCUGCAGUCCCGCUCCGCAUCCUCAACAAGGGGCCCAACUACUUCCGCCGCCAGACUGAGCCCAACCCCAAGCGGCUGAGUGCCGUAGAACGGCUAGAGGCUGACAAGGCCAAGUAUGUGAAAAGCCAGGAGGUUAUCAAUGCUAAGCAGGAACCCAUCAAGCCACAGGUACUGGCCAAGCCCCCUGUCUGCCCUGUUCCCAUAAAGAGGAGUGGUGUGGGAUCAGGCCUGAAGGCCUCCAACAACAACGCCAAGUCUGACACCUGUGCUGCCACCAGCAAACGGGAGAACCUCAACCUGGAGAUAUUGAAGAACAUCCUGAACAGUUCCUCCUCAUCCGAGGGACCUGGUAAGGGGACGACGCACAAAGUCGGGGCACGGAGCUGGGCACCACAUCGCUCCUCAGGCUUGUCAGAACCUGGAUAUCGUUCCUUUACUGAGUCACUUAAGGUACCAUCCUCUACACAAGGUCGACGAAGUCCACAGGGAGGCAACUUGAACCUGAGUCGCAGGCUGCUGGAAGAAAGGUCAUGUGAGGUGGAUGGGGAGCGCUCACCACUGCACACCUCUCAUAGCUCCUCAGACAUUUGCCGCAUGUGCAAUGGCAAGCCUCUCAGAGCGGCCCAAAGCAGCAGCUCUUCUGCCCCACCACUGCCACCCAAGCCCAGCGCCAAGGCUUUGGCUGCUUGUGACAAUGCUCCCCACGCUUCUGAAAGAGAGACAUUGCCCAGCACUGCCACAGAACUGGAGCUUGAGUUGGGCAGUUCUGUUGUUCGCAGGCCCUCUCUACACCGCUCCAAGUCUGACCUGAGUGACCGCUAUGCUCGGGCUGGUGCAGACGUAGAGCGCUUCUUCAACUAUUGUGGUCUGGAUCCUGAGGAGCUGGAGAGUGUGGGUGUGGAGAGCUUUGCCCGUGCAAGCUCUGACAUUGUCUCACUCAACUUUCGUAGUGCCAGCAUGAUCAGCUCGGACUGUGAGCAGUCACGGCAUAGCAACGAGGGGUUAAGCGACGAAGACGACGAGGCUGGUGAGCGCGUUCCCUAUGGAAUUUCAGCUGUGGAGCGGAACGCACGGGUUAUUAAGUGGCUCUACAGCAUCAAGCAGGCACGGGAAUCUCAGAAAGUCUCCCAUGUUUAAAAGGAUCAACCCCUCCCCUUUCCCAUCUGGACUGGUACCCACUUAUUUUUUAAAUCCAUGCACUGUCUUUGAAAUCUUGAAGGAUUAAAUGGCAAAGCCUUUUAAGUUGAUGUCUCUUUUUAGUCGCAUUUUGCAUUCAGUGUUUGUUGUCUUCUUAAUCUGCAUGGCUCUUUAGACACUCAACAUCCUUGUGACUUCCAGCUCACGUAGGAACCUCUUUAAAGCUUUCAACGCCAGCUCUGCAGAGAACAACUCCUAUUUCCUAUACUUUGUUUUUUUUUUUUUUUUUUUUUGGUCUGUCAAACUGAUGCUAUGAUGCCAGCUCCUUUUAAGGUGCUUUUUAUUUCACUAGGGCACACUGAGCCAGGAAGCCAUAUUGGUAUGAAUGCAGAGCUGCAGUGUGUUUGUACUAAUUUUGAUUCCUCUCUCUCUCUCUCUCUCUCUCUCUCUCUCUCUCUCUUUCUUUUGACAUGUUUUUAUGAUGGAUACGAACUGUAUGUAUAUAACCCUGAAUAGUGAAUAGGCCAAGCAGAAGCAUGUUUUAGUCUGUUCUCAAAAUCUCCCCUUCCCGACAUCUUUCAGACAGCCUUGCACUGGUCUCAUUGUUUCAGCAGUAUCAUAACACCAUUUUGCUUUAAGUGUUUGGUUUUCACUUUGUCUGUCGUCCAUAAAGUUCCUUUUUGGCGGUUGAUUUUUUUUUUUUUUUUUUGUGGUACCGUUGUUUCGAAAGGU